UCUCCCUGGAAGGAUCGGAAAGGAUGUAACCAGGAAGAUAGACGCGGGAGAUCCAGUGGAUGUGGUGUGCUUGACUUUCAGAAGGCAUUCGAUAAGGUCGCCGGGAUGAGGGCAGCGGUUUGGAUUAUUCUGGCUGUUUGCUUAACUGCUGGCGCUUGGAGAUGUGGGAAUGUGGCGCUCCGAGGAAGGGCCAUCCAGUCCAGCACUGCAUAUGGCGGAGUGGCAGACAGAGCCAUCGACGGGAAUAAGAAUCCUUACUACCACAACCUUUCGUGCACUCACACCAACGCUGAAUUGCAGCCGUGGUGGAGCGUUGACCUGUUCACCGUGGAAAGGGUGUUUCUGGUGAAGAUUACGAACAGGGGCGACUGCUGCUGGGAUCGCUUGAAGAACGCAAAGGUCAUCGUCGGAUAUUCCGUGGGUCGCCAUGCUGAGGGCAAAAUCUGUGGAGUGAUCAGUUCUCUGGGAUGCGGAGAAACCGCCGUUCUACUAUGCCAUGACACACCCGGAUCGACUGUCACCGUGGUCCUGGGUGGCCACGGCAUCCUGACCCUGUGCGAGGUUGAGGUGUACGUGCGUGAAUAAAACU